AUGGAGAAGACAUAUUCCCUAACAGCACACUAUGAUGAGUUUCAGGAGGUGAAGUAUGGAAGCCGGUAUAGCAGUGGAACUUUGAGUAACGGACUCAGUCUGCACCUAGGAGGUGGCAUUGAGGGAAGUGGGCGGGGACGGGGUGGGCGUGGCCGUGACCGUGACCAACCCAGUGGAGUGCCUCGUUGGAGUCGGCGUGAAGUCUGCCUUCUGUCAGGCUUGGUGUUUGCAGCUGGGCUGUGUGUAAUUCUCGGCUCCAUGCUGGUGUUGAAGUACCUGUCACUGGAGCAGGAGGGCCACUGUCGUCUGGACUGCCAGCGCAAGAAGGCCCUGCUGAAGGCCUCAAGAUUCAUCUCUGCCAACAUUGACCCUACCAUCAACCCUUGCACUGACUUUUACUCAUUUGCUUGCGGUGGCUGGCUGCGGCGCCAUGGCAUCCCUGAGGACAAACUGAGCUAUGGCAUCAUCACUGCCAUUGGAGAACACAACGAGGAAAAGCUGCAGCACCUUCUGCAGCAGCCAGUGCGACGGCGUGAGCCAAACUCUGCUGAACGCAAGGUGAAGGAUUUCUACCACUCCUGUAUGGACAUGCAGGAGAUUGACCGGUUGGGCUCGGCACCCAUGACCGAGGUAAUCGAAAGCUGCGGGGGCUGGGACCUGUCUGGGGUGCCCCCUGGUGGAGCUGGCUGGGAGAGCAGUAAUGCUCCCCAGAGGCCAGACUUUAAUGAGCUCUUGUACCGGACCCAGGGAGUGUACAGCACGGCUGUCUUCUUCUCGCUCACAGUCAACGUGGAUGACAAGAACUCAUCACGUAAUGCCAUCCGGAUUGACCAGGAGGGCUUGACAUUACCUGAGAGAACUCUCUACCUUGGCCAGGAUGAAGACAGUGUGAAGAUCCUAGCAGCUUACAAGGCCCUGAUGGAGCGGCUGCUGAGCAUGUUGGGAGCACACAAUGCCACCCAGAAAUCCCGUGAGAUCCUUCAGUUGGAGACACGCUUAGCCAAUAUAACGGUGUCAGAGUUCGACGAGCAGAGGAAGGACAUCAGCACCAUGUACAACCGCCUCACCCUGCGCCAGCUGCAGCGCAUCGCUCCCAGCAUUCACUGGAAGCGCCUGCUGGACAGAAUUUUCCAAGAUAACUUCUCAGAAGAUGAAGAGAUUGUGGUCCUGGCCACUGAUUACAUGCAGAAGGUGUCUGAGAUCAUUAAGACUACCUCAAAAAGGGUGUUACACAACUAUAUGCUGUGGCGGAUCGUCGCGGCCCUCAGUGAGCACCUGUCAACAGCUUUCCGCAGCACCAUCCACGAGUUCUCACGCGAGAUCGACGGCACAGAACGACAGCUGGACCUGGGCCAGCUGUGCCUCAAUCAGGCCAAUAAGCACUUUGGCAUGGCCCUGGGUGCACUCUUUGUUGAGGAGCACUUUUCCUCGCACAGCAAAGCCAAGGUACAAGAGCUAGUGGAGGAUAUCAAGCAUGCUCUGGAUGUGCGCCUGCAGGAGCUGGACUGGAUGGACACAGAGACCAAGGAAGCAGCAAGGUCCAAGCUGAAACACAUGAUGGUAAUGACGGGCUACCCAGACUUCCUGCUGAACCCGGAGCUCACAGACCAGGAGUACGGGUUUGGUGUGAACGAGAAGACAUACUUCAAAAACAUCCUCAGCAGCAUCAAGUUUAACAUCAAGUUGUCUGUAAAGAAGAUUCACAAGGAGGUGGACAAAACAGCAUGGCUGCUACCUCCUCAAGCUUUGAAUGCCUAUUAUCUUCCAAACAAGAAUCAAAUGGUUUUCCCAGCUGGGAUCCUGCAGCCUACACUUUACGACCCCCAGUUUCCACAAUCCCUGAACUAUGGAGGAAUUGGAGCAAUCAUUGGGCACGAGCUGACUCAUGGCUAUGACGACUGGGGAGGGCAGUAUGAUCGUCAUGGCAACUUGAAGCAGUGGUGGACAGAGGAAUCAUACAGAAAGUUUCAGAAGAAAGCUGAGUGCAUCAUCAAACUCUACGACAAUUUCACUGUUUACAAUCAGAAGGUGAAUGGACGCCUGACUCUUGGAGAGAACAUUGCAGACAUGGGAGGCUUAAAGCUGUCCUACUAUGCAUACCAGAAGUGGAUCAGGGACCACGGUCCAGAACAGCCCCUUCCUGGACUCAAGCACACCCAUGAACAGCUGCUCUUCAUUGCUUUUGCGCAGAACUGGUGUAUGAAGAGAAGAUCCCAGUCAAUUUACCUGCAGCUUCUUACAGACAAACACGCACCCGAGCACUACAGGGUCAUUGGCAGCGUGUCACAGUUUGAUGAGUUUGGCCGCGCAUUCCACUGUCCCAGAGGGUCCCCCAUGCACCCCAUCAACAAGUGCUCUGUAUGGUGA